CUCCCAUCAGAGGUUCAGUGGGAGCGGCGGUGGGUUCUGGGUUGCCCACGGUGGUCGGGGUAAUACUCACUCACCACUCAGUCAACCGGCGGGUUUAAGCUUCACACUUUGGAGGAUUCCUGCGAGUUCACGUUUUAAAGUGUGGCUUUAAGGUAAAACCCCUUCCCAUUGAAAGAUAGGGGCAGAGAGGAUGGACCGUCUCCCCGGACCCUGUCAGGCGGGGUGCUCUGCGAGGUGUUAGUGUUGUCGGGUCCACAUGUGGUCGGACUCGGACUCGGAGGAGCCGGAGACACCGUGAGGACGCUGGGGUAAAUACACCUUAUCUCCUUUGAAGCCCACGUUUCUUCUCAGCGGUCUGGUAAAAGUGCUUUAAAAUGUCUUCGAUUUUUGACCUACAAACACUGGCAACCCAAAAGGCGUAAAGGUAAACAGAACCAGGGGUCCUGCAUAGCGCAAAAAGUGCUUCAAUCCCUGCCCCCUUCCUUCCGUGGCUCCUUCCAUCCUUCCCUCCCUUCUCCAUUUGCUCCUCCCUUGCCUCCUACUUUAAUCUCUUCAAUACCAUCUCCCCUAAUUUCUUCCUUACUUCCCCUCCCCCUGCUUCUUCCCUUGUGACUCUUCCCUCUUUCCUCCCCCCUUCUCCUGCAUCCACCCCGGCCCCCUUUCCCUUCUUACUCUCAUCCCUCCCUUGCUUCCUCCCCUUCCCGCCACCAUGAGCUGGAGCUUCCUGACCCGCCUGCUGGAGGAGAUCCACAACCACUCCACCUUCGUGGGGAAGAUCUGGCUGACGGUGCUCAUCGUGUUCCGCAUCGUGCUGACGGCGGUGGGCGGCGAGUCCAUCUACUACGACGAGCAGAGCAAGUUCAUCUGCAACUCGGGCCAGCCGGGCUGCGAGAACGUCUGCUACGACGCCUUCGCCCCGCUCUCCCACGUCCGCUUCUGGGUCUUCCAGAUCAUCCUGGUGGCCACGCCCUCCCUCAUGUACCUGGGCUACGCCGUCAACAAGAUCGCCCGCGCCGACGACCGGGCGGGCGUCGGCGGCGGCGUCGGCGGGGACGGUUUGCCCCAGCGCCGCGCGCCCAGGAAGUCGUACCCGGGCGCCCGGAGGCAGCACCGCGGCGUGGAGGAGGCGGAGGACGACCACGAGGAGGACCCCAUGAUCUACGAGGUGGCCGAGCCGGAGAGCGACGGUGGAGGGGCCGGGGGAGCGGCGGGCGGGGCCGACGGGGGCGCGGGCGGGGCCGACGGGGGAGGGGUCAAGGCCAAGGCGCGCCACGACGGGCGCCAGCGCAUCAAGGAGGACGGGCUGAUGCGUAUCUACGUGCUGCAGCUGCUGGCGCGCUCCCUGCUGGAGGUGGGCUUCCUGCUCGGGCAGUACGCGCUGUACGGCAUGGCGGUGCCCUCCACGUACGCCUGCUCGGGCCCGCCCUGCCCGCACACGGUGGACUGCUUUGUGUCGCGGCCCACCGAGAAGACCAUCUUCCUGCUCAUCAUGUACGCCGUGUCCCUGCUCUGCCUGGCCCUCAACUUCUGGGAGAUGCUGCACCUGGGCGUGGGCACCAUAUGUGACAUCCUGGGCUCCCAGCGCUCCCCAGCGCCCUCCAACGACGAGGCCUCCCACCCGUACGGAGUGGCCAGAGGGCCGGCGACGGAGCCCGCGUACGGGAACGUGCCCUUCUCCUGGAACACGCCGUCGGCCCCGCCCGGCUACAACUUCGCAGUCAAGCCCCUGCUGGACUCCAACGAGUACCAGGAGCCGGCGCUGCAGCCGCCCCCCGCGGCCCUGCCCUUCACAGACCUCACCAACGCCAAGGCGGCCUGCCAGCAGAACCGGGCCAACAUCGCCCAGGAGGAGAACCAGCGCUUCGCCGACGACCAGAACCUCCCCAAGACCGGUGUGGGCGGCGGCUGCGGAGCCCUGCGGAAGGAGCUGCACCUGGCUCAGAACCGGCUGGAGGCGGCCAUCAACGCCUACGGCCAGCAGGGGGACUACAACAAGAACGGCAGGUCCCCCGGCAACAAGGCCAACAGCGGGGGCCGCAAGCAGCGGGCCGUGUCCCGCACGGGGUCGGGUCGGGCCGGUGGCAGGGGCCAGGGGGGGAGCAGUGGGAGCAGCUGCAACAGCAAGUACGGAGAGGUGAAGGGGUCUGAGUGGAUCUAGGGAGGGGGAGUACGAUGGGCUGGAAGGGGGGGGGGCAGGGUGGAGCUGGGUCCGUGGUUAACACGCCUCAUUUAGAUAUCAGUGAGUUCGGUGUCCAGUGAAUACUUAGCUAUUAGCCGGUCUUAUGCGCGGCGUUGUUCGGUUACGCGGGACUAGUAGUGAAGUGUAUGCAACCUCAACUAAGUGUGAAAUGAUGUUCACAUCAAGAAGUGAUUCAUGUGCCAAAAACACUGCAAAAUACACAAUGUUAAGACGUCAACAUUUAGCAAUAUUUUCUAAAAUCUUUAAAACAAAUUGUGUUAUUAUAUUCUCGUAUUAUUUUCAAGGUCGACUUGGGACAAAUGCUCUUGGAUAGUGAUGUUUGUUUUCUUUAGAGGAAGUAAGUGUGUACAAUUUUAAAAUACUUUAAAUCUCCCUUUACAUUACACACAUUUACACAUUUAAUUGAAACAUAUUUCCGGGGCAUUUCAUCUAUAACCAAACAUUUUUCAGUUAUUUAUAUAGCUAACUGUAUUGGAACCAAACUAUUGUUGUUAAAAUGUUAGGCCAUUAGCACUCAAGGAAGCAUAAUCCCUUACUGAUUUGGUAUUUAUUAUUUUGUAUGGUGUGUUCAUUUAUGUGAAGACGUUUAUCUGUAGAAGGGGAGUUAUGCUGUGUUAUCCAACGUGCCUUAGGUUACCUGCAACUGAAAGAGUAAUGUCAUUUGGAAACCGCAUCCCUAAAAAGACAUACGCUAUUUUAUUUAUGAUAAGAGGGAAACUUCUGACUGACCCCAAGACAACGCGGCCGCCACUCGUGAUCCCAUGUGGUUAAAACGUGUAUUAUCCAAUUUUACAUUGUUCUUCUCUUUCGACGUGCAAUAUAAUCGUACAUAUAAAACUGAACGUUUAUUGUCAUCACAUGGAGUCAAAUGCAUGAAUAAUUCCUGAAAAAUAAGUUCUUCUUAUAACUGCUGUCAAAAGUGCCACAAGAAAUGUGUGUUGUUUUGCAAUGCACAACAUAUCGUCCAUGAUGUUUUGUUCAAGCUAUUUUUGCGUGAAAAGCUUACAUUUUUUGUCAAGAAAUAUAAUUUUCCAGUAUAAGAUUCUGUUUUGUGAGUGUUGAACCAACUGAAACCACUCAGUGUUGUUAUGUAUUGUAUUGCAAAAGGUUGACAUUGCUGUUAUCAAACAGGCUGUUUUUAAAUGUAGUCUACUGUCCAAUGUCAAAUAGCUUUUUUACAGUGAAGCAUGAAGUUCGUUCCACUCCCUUCCAAUAAAGUUUAUUAAGGCCUUGUUUACAUGAUUGAAACUGAAUGCAUUAAAGAAGAAAGGGAAUAAAUAAUUAUCCAGGUGCUUCUGGCUUGAGUUAAGUUUCUCAGAUGUCUUUAGAUUGUAAAAGUUAGCAAGGGUUGUGCUGUUUUCGAUAUAGGAAAGUCAUUUAUUGUGUUGAAAUUAAAAACUGCAUGUGUUGUUUUUCAAAGGCAUUCAUAAAUAAAUUGAGGAAACAA